AUUUUCUCGUAGAGAUCCACAGCGCUCGGGACGCAGGUUUAGUGGGUAGCCUGGUGAUGGUGGGCGGAGGCCACAGCUUGGGCUCCAGCCUCGGUGUGCUGAGAUCCUUGCCCGAACUCGGGGUCACCGGGCUCACUCUCACCCACACUUGUCCCACUCCCUGGGCUGAGAGCGCGACGUCGUCAGAUCAGCCAGCCAACACUAGAGGGCUUACGCAGUUCGGCAAGGACUUGGUACUGGAGAUGAACAGGCUGGGCUUGCUGGUUGACGUGAGCGGAUCGUCCGCGGCCACUUCACGGGACGCGAUGUUCGUCUCCAGAGCGCCCGUGAUAUUCAAUAACGCCUUCACCAGAGCCAAGUGCCCAACCCUCGCUCCCACCGCUGUUGACGAUGACAUUAUCAGCCGGCUGUCUCGCAACGGAGGCGUUGUGCUCGUGUCACUCACGCGAGGCAGCAACGGAUCCCAAAAUUCGUGUGGGCACAACCAGAGCGUCGCGGCUGUUCUAGAACAUAUAAAUUACAUACGGAAAUCGGCUGGCGUUAAACACAUUGGCAUUGGAUCCACAGAUGAUCCAGCUCGCUACGCGCUGCUGGUCGCAGAGCUCAUGAAAGACCCGAGCUGGACGAGUUCUGACCUGCACCAGCUGCUGGGUGGUAACCUGCUACGGGUGCUGGAUGCUGUACACCAGGUCAGAGACGAGAUGGCGAGCAACGAGCCUUCAGAGGAACUAAUCCCCAUCCACGAUAUCAACGAUCGCUGGCCUUGCCGCUAUAAAUUCGGCAGUCUGCCCUCCAGAUAGCAAAGCUCUUGAAUCCCAUGGAAAAAAUAAAUGAUUCUAUGAUACUUGUACUGGAUUCAAAGCUACAACAUGGAAUUUAUCAUCACAUAUAGUUUUUGUAUAAAGUUAUAUAAAUAAAAUAAUUAUAUAAAAUCGUCAUCGGUAUAUAAUGGCGUAUGAAGAUUAGUAAAGAGAAAUAUUUUUUGUGGUAACUUCGAAGGAACGAAUCGAAAUUCCUCUCCCAUAACGAAGAAAAAAUUGUCAGGCUUCUUCCAAAGUCGGAGUCAGACUUUCUUUCAUCUCCUUGUAACAAAAUAAAAUGAAGCGAGACAUUUUUGUUUUGAACUAGUCUUUGAAUUUAAAGCUUCCUUGUAAUAGAAUUCGGAAAAAUGUUAUUGACCAUUGUGUCGGUGAUAUUGUACUGUAUUAAGAAGUUAAAUUUCAAGUUUAAAAUGAUACUUUAUUUAGAUUGAUUUUUUAGCAAACUUGUAAGAGUUUGACUCUCCUUUGGUUGACAUAUAACCAUAAAUUUCAAAGAAAAAUAAUUGUAUUAGUGGUACCGUAGAGCGACUGAAGAUUUUGACCAUAUCAUAGA